GCGAGCUUGGCUGCAGAGAGAGACACAACUGCAAAUUGAAACUCAGAAGUUGGGAUUUUUACAGAAGAAGAAGAUAAUAGGUUGCGGCUCAUUUCUCCAUCCAUCACAUCUUGCUGAUUAGGGGAUUUAAAAUUUUUGGAAAUCUGCCUGCAAGUCAGCUGGGAAGAACAGCAUCCCCUUGUAUCUGUUCACAGUUUGCCCCCUUCUCUUUCUUCUCCUCUACAUCUUUCUCCCUGGAGGCGGAUUCCUAACAUCAUACUGCCAUUUUCCAAAGUUUGGGAACAUUUUUGAGCUCCAGCCAGGAGAAGCAAAAAGGGACAAGGGCAUAGUGUUGCAGCAGCACUCAAAGGGACGCUGGCUCCUGUAAAGAUGGCUGACGUGGUGCAGCCAGAAGCCAAUAGCCUGCAGAUACCGGGUGAUAAUUUAUCAGUCCCGUCUUCACCUGCCACAUCUAGAAAUGACUGCAGCAUCACACCUCUCACGCCCUCACCUUCGCCGAGGGUGGAGGUCAGACCCAGGAUGGCCUGUCCGUUCUCAGUUGUCGUGGCGAUAGACUUUGGGACGACUUCCAGCGGCUACGCUUUCAGCUUCACACAGGACGCAGAAGCCAUACACAUGAUGAAGCGCUGGGAGGGUGGUGACCCCGGCGUGGCCAAUCAGAAGAGCCCGACGUGUCUGCUGCUGACCCCUGAGUUGCGGUUCCACAGUUUUGGGUUUGCGGCCCGUGAUUUUUACCACGACCUGGACCCAGAGGAGGCCCGGCACUGGCUCUACUUUGACAAGUUCAAGAUGAAGAUCCAUAGCACGAGUGACCUCACCAUGGAGACAGAGCUGGAGGCUGUCAAUGGUCGGAGGGUCAGAGCCAUUGAGGUGUUCGCUCACGCCCUGCGCUUCUUCAGGGAACAUGCUCUAAAGGAGGUGAAUGACCAGUCGUCAUCUGUGCUAGAAGGAGAGGAGAUCAGAUGGGUGAUCACUGUCCCUGCUGUGUGGAGGCAACCUGCCAAACAGUUCAUGAGAGAGGCGGCAUACCUGGCUGGUCUGGUCACCCCUGAUUGUCCUGAGCAGCUCCUCAUCGCUCUCGAACCUGAGGCUGCUUCCAUUUACUGCCGUAAGCUCCGCCUCCACCAGGUGAUUGAUCUGAGUCUGCAGCCAAUCACAAACGGCCUGGAUCUGGAUGGGUCCCGUCCCUUCGACUCCAGCUUUAGACAAGCCCGUGAGCAGCUGAGGCGAUCUCGACACAGCAGGACUUUCCUGGUGGAGAGUGGAACUGGAGAGCUGUGGUCCGAGCUGCAGACUGGUGACAAGUAUAUUGUUGCAGACUGUGGAGGAGGAACAGUUGACCUGACUGUCCAUCAGAUCGAGCAGCCGCAAGGAACACUCAAAGAACUCUACAAGGCCUCAGGUGGUCCGUAUGGUGCCGUCGGUGUAGACCUGGCCUUCGAAGCCAUGCUGUGCCAGAUCUUUGGUGAGGACUUUAUCCAGAGCUUUAAAGCCAAGCGGCCGGCGGCCUGGGUGGACCUCACCAUCGCGUUUGAGGCGAGGAAACGGACAGCGGCGCCGGGCAGGGCCAACGCCCUCAAUAUCUCCCUGCCCUUUUCUUUCAUCGACUACUACAAGAGACACAGGGGACAGAGUGUGGAGGCUGCCCUGAGGAAGAGCAAUAUGAACAUCGUGAAGUGGUCGUCUCAGGGGAUGCUACGGCUGACACAGGAGGCCAUGAAUGAGCUCUUCCAGCCCACUAUUGUCAAUAUCGUCAGACACAUUGAGGAGCUAAUGGCGAAGCCGGAGGUGCAUGGUAUACGUUUCCUCUUCCUGGUUGGUGGGUUUGCAGAGUCCCCCAUGCUGCAGAAAGCAGUUCAGAGAGCGCUGGGGCGGACGUGCCGCAUCAUCAUCCCCCAUGACGUCGGUCUGACCAUACUGAAGGGUGCUGUGCUCUUUGGGUUGGAUCCCACUGUGGUUCGAGUGCGUCGGUGCCCCUUGACCUAUGGCGUGGGUGUCUUGAACCGAUAUGUGGAGGGGCGCCACCCCAGAGACAAACUCCUCAUCAAGGAUGGCCGCGAAUGGUGCACCGACAUCCUCGACCGCUUUGUCUUUGUUGACCAGUCGGUGGCACUGGGCGAAGUCGUGAGGCGCAGCUACACGCCUGCUCGUCUGGGCCAACGGAAGAUCAUCAUCAACAUCUACUGUAGCGCAACAGAUGACGUUACGUACAUCUCCGAUGCCGGAGUCAGGAAGUGCGGGACGAUAACUUUAGACCUACCAGAACCGUUACCGCUACCGGGAGCAGUGGGAGGAGCUGCAGGAGGAGGAGUACCAGAGAGGAGGGAGAUCAGAGCGACCAUGCAGUUUGGAGACACGGAGAUUAAAGUCACAGCCGUUGACAUCAUGUCUAACCGCACUGUACGGGCUUCCAUAGACUUCCUGUCUAACUGAGGAGUGGCAGGAAGGGGAGACGAGGAUUCGAAAACACAGAAUAAACUGAUUCCAAUGAUGAUAAUUAUAGAAAAAGCGGUACUUUGGGAGU